AUGAAUAAUUCAUAGCUUAGGUAGCCUCUAAAUGGUGUUAACAACAACCCUUCUAACUCUAUUUCAGGCAUAGAUUUUAGUUUAGGAGGUUAAAAACCUAAUUCAGAUAACAAUUUUUAAAAUACCCCUAAGCCAGUAUCUGGAGCAAUUAAUGGAAACUUAAAUGGUACACCCACUUUGCCAAAGAUACCUGCAUAGGCUCAAGUUAAUAAUGUUGCUAAUCAAAUUAUAAAGAAUACAUAAAAUACACAAAAUGUAUAAAAUAAUUAGAAUAACAAUCCUGAAAGUAACCUGCCUAAUUAAACUAAUUGGUCAUUAUUUAUAAUAUAUUUACUAACUUGCUUAUUAUCAUUAGCAGGGUUUUUAUCUUCUAUGAUUACAAUGAUACUUGCAGGUGAUGUUGCAGAUAUUUCUUAAUUCUUCAAAUUUAGUCCAUAAUUAUAAUCUGACCUUAAUUUUAUUAUCAUCUACAACCCUUUUAGUGGGCUUGUAUUUUUUAUAAGCAUUUAUUUGAUGUAUUUAUCCUAUAAAUACUAUGGAAAGAAUAUAAAUUACUCUUAAAUGGCCACUCUCUUCUUUUCAGUAAUUGCUUUCGUUUUCGGUACUGUAAACUACGUGUAAAUUGGUUCAACUCUUACUUCUUGUAGUACAAGUGAUAAAGCAUGCUAAUUUUUAAAUGCUUUUAAGGCUUACCAAUAAAUGGUAAUUCCUGUUUCAUUAAUUCCUAUGCUAUUUCUAGUAGGCUCACAGUAUAUAUUAUACAGACUUAAAACAGCCCCUCCUCCACCUAACCCUCCAUAAAUUAACACUUAAUAGUAAUAAUAACAAUUAGAGUUAGCUUAAAAGAAUAAUGAAAUAAAAAAUACUCAGAAAUUUGUACAAUAGAAUAUGGAUGGUUUAAAUAAAAAUCCUUUAGGUUAGGGAUUCAAUGAUAGAUAAAAUGGGUUGAAUGGUCAGUGUUAUGAUCAAACAAAUGGCUUGAAUGGUGCAUUAAUUGACAAAACAAAUGGACUAAAUGGCAAGACAAAUGAGUUAACAUUUAAACCAUAAGUUAAUUUGUAAACCGAUCCAAAAAUGACAGGAGAUAUUAGAUUAAAUAGUAGAGGAAGUUAAAUCUCAGAUAAUGGAAAUCCUCUUCAAUUAAGCCAAAAUCUAGCAAAUUCAGCUGCUGGAUUUUUAAAUCCUAACUAAAAGUCAAAGGAUUAGUUGACCAUAAAUGGUCUUCAACAAGCAUAAUUAGGUUUUGGUGGCAAUAAUUUAGGAAUUUAAAUGAAUUAAUAGUUAAAUUCAGCCUAGUUUUAGUUAGAUGACAAAGAAGUUUCUACUCCUAAAGAAUAAAAUUUUAAUAUAGCAUCAGGUUUCAAUCAAAAUGGGUUAGGUAGCAUAGUAAGUAUGUAUAAAUAAUCUUCAACUCCAACACCUAAUUUAGGAUCAAGUUCAAACUAAAAAUUAAAUUCUUAUAAUCCUUUUGAAAACUCACCUGACAUUCACAAUAUGAAAACUACAACAAGCUAAUUUACAAAUACUCCAAUGAAGUCACCAAAGAAAGGAUUGAGUCCGAUUGAUAGAGCCCUUUCUAAUAAUUAAAAAGUAGGCAAUGAAAAUAUCAACGAUAUUGUCACUAACAAUGAAUACAAUCCUUAUGGUAACAUUGAAUCAGGCGAAAUAUAGCUUGGAAAGCACCCGUACAUACUCGGAGCUAAAGAUCCCUAUGUGGGAUAAAUUUUAGAUUAAGUCUAAGUGAUGGUAAACAAUUAAGUCAAAUCACUUCUGCUUGAUCUUAAAAGAUAAAACAAAGUUUGA